AUGGUUAAAGCAAAGUUUCACCAGUACCAGGUCGUCGGAAGGGGUCUUCCAACGGAAACCGAUGAGCACCCGAAGAUUUACCGCAUGAAGCUUUGGGCAACCAAUGAAGUUCGUGCCAAAUCCAAAUUCUGGUAUUUCUUGAGGAAGUUGAAGAAGGUUAAGAAAAGCAAUGGACAAGUGCUGGCUAUCAAUGAGAUCUUUGAGAAAAAUCCCACCAAGAUUAAGAACUAUGGAAUAUGGUUGAGAUACCAGAGUCGCACUGGUUAUCACAAUAUGUACAAGGAAUACCGUGAUACUACUCUAAACGGUGCUGUUGAGACAAUGUACAACGAAAUGGCAUCUCGUCACAGGGUUAGGUUUCCAUGCAUUCAAAUCAUCAAGACUGCCACCAUCCCAGCCAGUCUUUGCAAAAGGGAGAGUACUAAGCAGUUCCACAACUCCAAAAUCAAAUUCCCCUUGGUAUUCAAGAAGAUUAGGCCACCAACCAGGAGCCUAAAAACAACAUACAAAGCAAACAGGCCCAACCUGUUCAUGUGA